AUCUCCGCUCCGGCCCCGAUACCUUCGAGUUCACAUGCCUGUUGCCGAGCACAUCGGCCAGAGCCAUUUUCAAACCAACGGUUCUAUUGGACUGAGAUCAACCUUCUACAGAAUCUAGAAGCAGUAAUCUGCAAUCCUUCCACUGCAGCCAACUCGCAACUUACUCACGCAGAACCUAAGCAGACAAGGGGCUGACGGCUUUUACGGUGUGGUUGUAAUGACUUAGAGGGGCGGAAUCACCUGACAGCGCGCAGUGGCUUUAUUCUGAAUGCUGUAUCGUCGUCACAUCAAGCAAUCAAGGAGUGCGACAAGUACAAAUGGCACUGUCCGCCCGUCACGGUCAUGCUCUAGAAGCAAUCAUUUCUCAGGCAUCCCGGAGAUCUAAAACCUGGCUGAGCACUUAAUGUCCCGAGGAUGUAUGUGAUACGUCAGUGUCACAGACAAGGGCGCAUCUCAGCCCGCCAUGUUCGGAGCGCGCCACAUAAUCCCGGGAUCGCCAGAGGAGUCAGACAGCUUCCUAGCUCUCGUAGCAGACGCACGUCAGCUCAUCUUCCUGUUCAGGAGGCGACGUGCACUUAUAAACCUUCGUCUUUUCGGUUAUCCACUCAAGAUCACGACGGGCGCUCAUGUCUCAAAAGUAAUCAUCAUCACCACCUUGCAUAGCUCAACAACCACCAUGUCCUCAGAUGGGGAUAUCAAGACGCAUCGAGGCAACUGCCACUGCGGGGCCUUCGUCUACGAAGCCAAGCUGCCCGAGAUCACGUCGUACACCGAGUGCAACUGCAGCAUCUGCCGCAAGAAGGGUUACGCGUACCUGAUCCCGAACGAGCUGCAUGUCGUCAAGGGAAACAUCGACAACCUGGCAACUUACACCUUCAACGACGGCGGGUUUGCCCACCGCUUCUGCCCCAGCUGCGGCACUGCUGUCCUGGCGUCCUCGCGGCAGAGGACUAUUAUCAAUGCCCGAACCCUACAGAACCUGGACUUGUCGACCCUCACUGUCAAGCCGUUUGAUGGGAAAGCAUUGGGCCCUCCCUACGAGCCCGCCGUGUACAAAGGCCCCGAGCCGGCUGUCGCAGAAGGCGGCAAGAUAUACCAUGGCUCGUGCCACUGUGGCAGAGUGACCCUAGCUGCCAGGGUCGACAAGCCCUUGGAGCAGCGGGACAUCACGGUCGAUGAGGAGAGGAUCUGCGAGUGUAACUGCAGCGCCUGCAGCAGGGGUGCGUACAUCUGGAUCUAUACGCGCAUGGAGGACACGGUCAUCGAAGGCGAAGAAAAUCUAGAUUACCUAUUAUUCAACACGAAACUCACUCGCAAAGGCUUCUGCCGGCACUGCGGAGUCCAUGUCUGCAACGCACCUAUUCCACUUACUGAUGCGGAAGAAGAAGCCUUGGAAGGUUCUGCCAGGGGUUGGCGGGAGAAGACCAAGGUCUUGCGACCGAUCACGUUGAGAGUCCUGGACGAUUUCGACUUCAAGACUGUGGAAACCCGAAAGCUUGACGGAUGGAACUUUAUAAAGCCCUUGUACGUCAAUCCUUGACGAGGAAGAGCUAGCAUGGUAGACAUUGAUUGUUGUUACAAUUGAAACCGCCACGUCUUCGAGAAACACAACCUGUCAUCACGGAUGCCCCUCUGGCUCAAUUGCCUAUCUGAUUGCAUAUGGGAGGUCAUCCCAUAGAAGGCUUUGCUCCAGGGUACCCUGUAGGAAGUUGGUCUCACAGGCAUGUGGGUACUGAGGAAUGACCGUAUGAUGUUGUUUAUGCUGUGACAAGUAGCGAACAUCUGUGCAAAGCUAAUACCUGGUUAAGGGGUGUGAAGCUCCUCUCACGGGAUUGGGCAUUGAAUGUUAAAAGGCG